GCAGCAUGAGGUGCGCGGCGUUCUGGCUCUGGUUCUGCGCGCUGGCGCUGCGCCUGCAGCCAGCCCCCGCGGAAACCGUGGUCACCAAUGUGCCCCCCGAAGACCAGGACGGCUCUGGGGAUGACUCUGAUGGCUUCUCCGGCUCCGGCGCAGGUGCCUUGCAAGAUGUCAGCUUGGCCCAUCUGACUCCCUCCAUCGGGAAGGACAUGCGGCUGCUGACUACGACGACGACGUCGGUGCCUACAGCUCCCGAGCCCACCGGCAGAGAAGCCCAGGCCACCUCCAUACUCCCUGCUCCACAGAGGCCUGGGGAGGGGGGAUCAGUGCACCUGGCAGAGGUGGAGGCCUCCCACCCACCCAGCGACAUCACCCAGCACCCAGCCACCCACCGGAUCUCAACAGCAAGAGCCAGCACAGCCCAGGCCCCUGCCACAACUGAGCCCCCCAGGGAUAGGCAGCCUGGCCACCAUGAGACCUCCGCUCCCACAGGACGCAGCCACUUGGACCCUGAUGCUCCCAGCCAGGAGGAAGGAGGCCCCUUGGCUACCCAGAUUGCUGCUGAGGAGGCAGCCUCCAGUCAGCUCCCAGUGGGAGAGGGCUCUGGGGAGCAGGACUUCAUCUUUGAAACCACUGGGGACAACACAGUUGGGGCUACCGUGGAGUCUGAGCUUCGGAACCAGCCCCCGAUGGAUAAGGGGACCACAGGAGCCUCACAGGGCCUCCUGGACAGGAAGGAAGUGCUGGGUGGGGUCAUCGCUGGAGGCCUGGUGGGGCUCAUCUUUGCCGUGUGCCUGGUGGGCUUCAUGCUGUACCGCAUGAAGAAGAAAGAUGAGGGUAGCUACUCCUUGGAAGAGCCAAAGCAAGCCAACGGCGGGGCCUACCAGAAGCCCACCAAGCAGGAGGAGUUCUACGCCUGACGGGAGACCCCCAUCUGUCUUCCCCUCCCCACUGCCACUCACCAGGCCCCCACUUGCCUCUUCUGUGAAGAACUUGCAGGCCUUGACCUCCCGUGACACCAGGCCACCUCCCCAGCCUGCACUCUGCCUGGAGAAGUCGGGGUGAGGGGGUGCUGGGGAGUCCUGCUCGCUUCUCUGACUUCUGCUGACAGACUUGAGCCUGCACAGGGGGUUUCUUGCGUUUGACCUUUCUGACUUGGCCCCUCACCGUUCUGACUCAGUUUCUCCAAACUGGAGCAGCCCCUCCCCAGCCCACAAGAGAAAGGGGACGCGGUGGCCUUGGCCCUGGAUGGGCUGCCCUAGCUGGAAGGUUCCCGUGGGGAGGGCGCUGGCUGAUGCUUCCAUAGCACUUACCGGUACAGGCCAGCCGCCUUUGGGUGCUCACCACCAAGUGGCAGGGGUAGGCGUCCAGGACUCUCAGCAUUCACUUUGUUUUGUGGGGAUGUUUAAUUUAGAUAUCAACUCGUUUUUGCACAUAUUUCCUCUAGUUUCUUUGUAGCCCCCCGUAGACUUUGCUACUUCCGAGGUCAGUGACGUGAGUGGAUGGUGAUGUGUCCCCCAUCUGGCUUCCCUAAUCUAUCAUCACGAGACAGCAUCAGGGUUAAAAGACUUAAAAAAAAUUUUUUUUUAAACUAGGAGAACCAAAUCUGGAGGCCAGGAUAUAGGCUCUUGGUAUGUGGUUUCUGAAUCGGACACUCCCAUGCGCAACAGGGUACAGAAUUUCUGUUUAGCCGGCCGACCAACCUAGGCUGCCAUGAGGCAAUCUCCUGAGUGGCCAAGCUGUGUGUGGAAUCUGCCCCGCUAUGGCCGGGACCUGGGCUGCUGGGAGGUUGGGGGGGAGUCCAGGGUGGGAACUGGACCCUGGUGGCUCAGGGUCCAGGUCUGAGAGAACUGUCAAGCGCGCAUGAGGCCAAGACAGGACCUUUCUCUCAGUCGGGGCCAGCUCUGUGGGGUGCUUUGCCCUGGAACCUGGUAAGAGGGAUCUCAGGAACACCUGAUCCUGCUCCUCAGGAACAACCAGGCUUCUGAGGCUCAGCUCCAGGGGCCCUGCCCUGAGCUGUGGGAGGGGUGGGACAGCAUUGUUUCCAAAGAGUGAUAGUCUUGCUUUUGGCAAAGCUGCACUUAAUCCCGUGGGCUUUUCCCUGGUCGGCAGAUCUUCCACAUGUAGGAACCUUUAAUAUAAAGUAGCCACGUGGACUCUGUUGCCUUUGCUGCUUCUCUCGCUGCACGGGUUGUGUGGACCGAGACCGGCCCUUGUUUGUGAACACCGCGGUGUUUGGAGAGGCGGCGACCAAUCUCUGUGCCUUCAUCCUUCCUGUGAUGAGCGACUCCGGUCCAGAGUCCGCUGCUUUGUGUUUGGUUUGGUUUGUUUUCUGCUUCGGCUACAGGCUGCAGGUUUUUCUAGAGGCCGGGAGGUUCAGCCGAGGCUUAUCUAAGGGCCGAUGUAAAUUUCUGUGUUGCCAAGCUCGAAGCAGACACCUUCUGAAGGGCUCACGAAGCUGAGAGGGCCCUGGCACAGCUUGACCCGAGGCUGCUGGCCCUGGCAGAGGCCUGGAGCCAAGGCCAGCCUCUCAACCCAAGUUGUGGACAGUCCUCCAUGCCCUGCUCCAGCGGAUUCCACCGGGGGCUCCUGGGGAUCUCUGCCCUUGCUUAUUUAAUUUGACAGCCCUCCAGCUGCCCCAUCAGCUUCUCUGUUGAGUGACUCAGAUGCACCGUCCAGCAGCGGAACCCAUGUCCUGCGUUCAAUCCUGGGACUUUCUGACCAGAGCAUGUGACAGGACGUGAGCGAGGCGCAGGGGACGUGCCAGUGCUCAUCUGCUGGCCUCUAAGGGGUGAUGCCAGGCCGCUGGCUGGGCCCAUCGUGUAACUAAUAAACGGUACUUGUCAUUUCUGGCAACA